CCAUGGGCAGUUGGAAGCGUCGGUAGCGGGCGAAGGGUUCGCUGCGCACAGAGGGAAAGAUGCCGCUGGGCUUAAAGGGGAAGUGGAAGCACAGGUCGCGGGACAGCACUACCUUGGUGGAGAACGAAGGUGGCGCAGGCUGGCGGGGUGGUGGGAUCGGGGCGUCUUCCCCGAGCGCGGUCGGCGGGGCUGGGCUGCCUGCGCCGCCGUCUCACGCCCGGCCCAAACUGAUCUUCCACACGCAGCUGGCGCACGGUAGCCCCACCGGCCGCAUCGAGGGUUUCACCAAUGUCCGUGAACUUUAUGCCAGGAUUGCCGAGGUGUUCGAUAUCCCCGCCUCGGAGAUUUUGUUCUGCACAUUGAAUACACACAAAAUUGACAUGGACAAGCUCCUUGGCGGGCAGAUUGGCUUGGAAGACUUUAUUUUUGCACAUACGAAAGGGCUCAGGAAAGAAGUGGAUGUUUUUAAAUCAGAGGAGGCUCUGGGAUUGACCAUUACCGAUAAUGGGGCAGGAUUUGCUUUCAUAAAGCGCAUCAAGGAAGGCAGUAUCAUUGACCAAGUUAAAGUAAUUCUUGUUGGUGACCACAUUGAAUCGAUCAACGGCAAGGGUGUGGUUGGCUGCCGGCACUACGAGGUGGCCAAGAUGCUGAAAGAAUUGCCAAAAGGCAAAACCUUCACACUCAAGCUGGUAGAAACCACUAAAGCAUUUGAUGUGAUUGAGCCCCGAUCGCGAGGAAAACCUGGUGGCGAGGGUAAGAUUGGCACAGGAAGGGGCACACUACGAUUACGUUCAAAGGGACCUGCAACUGUGGAAGAGUUGCCUACUGAAUUCGAAGAAAAAGCAAUCAGCAAAGUUGAUGACCUGUUAGAAAGUUAUAUGGGAAUAAGGGACACGGAACUAGCUGCAACCAUGGUUGAGGUUGGGAAGGACAAGAAAAAUCCUGAUGAAUUUGCAGUGGCACUCGAUGAAGCCCUGGGCGACUUUGCGUUUCCAGAUGAGUUUGUCUUUGAUAUCUGGGGCGCCAUAGGUGACGCAAAGAAGGGAAGACUUUAGUGCCAACAUUUCGAUAGGAAUUGAUAGGCAGUAUUUUGAAGCUCUUCAUUGAUAGUUCCUUUUUAAAAAAAAAAAUGCCAAAUGGACUUUGUUGCCUGAGUGGAAUGAGCACAUUUUUAAAUUGUGUUCAAUUUGUCCAGUAACUUCUCAGGCCAUCACAAGACCAUCCAAUAAAACACAGACCACCCUCAUCCCUACCCACUACUUUUCCAUGUUGGAGUAGAGGACAAUCUUGCCUUACUAAUCAUUCACUCCCCACUAUUGAUGAAUAUAUCACUUCUGUUUUUCUCUGGUUUCCACUAGAGAGCAGCACUACAUGCCAAUGUUAAGUGGACUGAGCCCCAUACGAGCUCACCCUUCCCACUAUUAAGGGUCUACAGAAGGUGCAGCACUUGUAACCUCAGUGACUAUAUAUCACUGGGCAAAGUGUUUUUAAAAAAAAAAAAAAAAUUGAGAACGAUUUAGUUCAAAUAACAAGUACAGUUUCAAACAUUGCUCUUUCUGUGAAUAAUGAGAGUAUUUAACAUUUAUGUCACCAAAGUUAAUUUUGGCAAUAGCAUUCAUUCCAAAUUGUAAAUGGUGUUGGACCAAAGAUUUUCUAAGAGUAUUUGUACACUCCUCUCAAUCCAAUGGGUUUUUUUCUAUAAUUUUAGUCAUUUGGACAUAAUGUAUUUUCAAUCAAAAUAUAAGGAAUUACAAACCAACAAAUGUUUUUAUAACUACAGCCUUGUUUUAUAAUUUACAAAGUCUUAAAAUGAUUUACCAUGGUGUGCCUAAUGAUGUUGCACUGUAUUUUAGCUAAAUUGUUUGCUAAUUCUGUUUGGAUCUUUGGUACCAGGACAGCCGAUUAAUCAUAUAUUUGAUAGGACUUGUAUUUUAAUAAUCUAGUAACUGAAAUUUAUUCAAUUAGUCUGUAAAUACACAUUGCCUAUUGACUUAUCUGAAUGUAGAUUGGAAUUUAAUUAUGGUGGUUUAGGUUGUCACUAGUUGGGAUGAUACCCUCGCCUAGAAUGCCAGCCUCCAACGCUCACUAAUUCAACAGCACUUCCUGAAUCAUCAGUGACGCAGGAUGGGUUGAUUAUCAGCCAAGACUCCUAAUCAAAAUAAUUUUUGUGUAAUCCUUUAGUGAGUCAAACAGUAUAACUUUUUCCACCCACUGCUUGGAACAGGUUCUUUUCACUUUAGUGUGGUAUGUACUGGAUAUAAUUAAUGAGAUUGCAUCAUGCAUUGGAUGUCUAUAAUCUUCAACAUCUUGUUUAUUUAUUUAAGCUCUUUGUUCUACAUCCAGAUGGAUUUGUGUUGUUAUUACUAUAUUUUUCAACGGGGUAUUGAUUCUCAUUCCAUUUUAUAUUGCUAUAACUCUACAUUUGUUUAAAAUGAAUCAGUUACCUCAAACGGUUCUGGACGAGCAUCCAGACUUGAUCUCCAUGGGUCCAUACACAUAAUUUGGUCUUGGGUGUGUGAUUUUCUGGAGUGGCCCAUCCUCCAUCACUGUGCUCCAUGUUACAUACCUGGACAGCCCAGGUAUAUGUUCAGGUGUGGUUCAGUACUGAUGUGCUAGAUAUACUGUAGGCUUAGCAUGUGUUACAUGCAGAAAUAUAAUUGUAUAAACAUCCCGAUGCAUCAAAAGCUGUUGAUGCUUGUAAGUUUGUCCACCAAUGAGACAUCAAUUCCACCAAAGCUCUUUCAAAUUCGGACCAAACAGAUUCAGAAAUGGGAAUAUCAAUCAGCUUGGAGGCUGGCAGUGAUCUAAAUGUGCCUGUUUUAACUUUAUGGGACUAGCUUUGUCUCCAAGCACAACUGACUUUCUUCUGCACUUUCAAUCAAAGGGAAAAUAACUCCUCCCAGUAAAAAUGACUCUUUGAGCAUUGGUCUAUUGAGCAUGCACAGUCAUACUGGACUUCACUAAGUUUAUGAUGACUACUUUACCUAAAGCAGUGCUUCGGUAUUGAACUACUGAAAACACAAUGAUUUACACUACAUCAUGUUAAAAUGCCU